UACUAACGAUUGCAACUAUUCUGUUCGUUCUCAGGUUUGACAUGGGACAAUGAAGAAAUGAUUGGACUUUUUAGAAAAAUAUGUUUCAUUUCAGAACAAUCUAGAGGACUGAGAUUUAUUUCACAGGCUCCUUCAAACAGAAGAAAACUGUAUUCUAUUGGUUGCCUAUCCAUAGCAAUUACAACUGCAGGGUUUUAUGUCGUGAGAUACAGUAUCUUACAUGAUACAAACUUUCGAACUGUGACACAGUCAACAGCAUUAGACAGAGAUAGAUACAAACAGUACAAAAAUCCAGAGGAUAUUGCUGAACUUCAAAUUAAAGAUCACCAGAAACCAAAAAGAAUCUUCAAUUUGAAAGACAAGUUAGGAAAUCAGGUUGGAGCACAUAUACCAGUAUCUCUAAUAGGACUCCUUCAUUUUAAUGAUCCACACAUGCUGGUUUUGCUGACCCAAUCAGCAGACCCUGCAAAGAGAAAGAAGGCAGUUCAAACUUUGGGGACUAUCCAUCAUUGGCCAGAUGAGAAAUAUGAAUGGGUCAGGAAAGCUUGUGAUUCCAGAACAUUAGUUGGAUUAGCUAGGACAGAAGAUGUAGAUGGGCGAUUUUUUACUCCAUUUCCUACCCCAGACAAAUUAGAGGGAGAUCUGGAGUCUGGGUUGAAAGUUUUAUUGUCCUCGUUGCCAAAAGAUGGCUUCAGCAAAUGUUUGGAGUAUUUUACAACACAGGCCCUGAUUGAGGGGAAUAUAGAAGAAGAGCGAGGAGGAUACUGGAGUUUUGGAGGACCUGGGGUUGAUUUUGCUAAAACAGUUAGCAGAGGGCCAGAAGAGAGGGUGGAAAUUAUCUGCCUACAAGCUCUGAUCAGUCAUUCAAAUGAGCCACAUCAUUGCUUUGAGAUGAUGAAAAUGGGAGUACUACCACUUCUACAACAGACUUACCACAAGAGAAAAUACAGCAUAGUGAUGAGGAGACAGAUUGCUAGAAUUCUGGGGAAUUUGUCUGUACAUGAAGAACUACAUCCAGAAAUCAUUAAAGGGGGUUGGGUAUCCCUAUUGUAUAAAUGGUCCAAGUCCUCAGACCUGCAGCUAUCAUUACAUGCCUCUAGAGCUCUGGUUAAUUUAGACAGAGAUGAUGGGACCUUUCUGUAUCCCAGUGGUGUCUACCUUGUACACCCAACAAAGAGAUCUAAAGACCCAGUGAUGGCUGAUGUGGUUUUUGUCCAUGGAUUACUUGGUGGACCAUUUAAAACCUGGAGACAACAGGACAGAAAGAUGCCAGACAAAGACAAUGUAGCAGAAGGGGUGGCAAGUGUUCGCAAAGGAACAUACACCUUCUGCUGGCCAAAGGAUUGGCUGUCCAAGGAUGUUCCCUUUGUUCGGAUUUUAUCUGUAGAGUAUGACACAAAUCUCAGUACUUGGAAUGCCAACUGUCCUUAUGAGACAGAAAAGCGUUCCCUGCCAAGAAGAGCUUCGGAACUUCAAAAAAAGUUGAAGGCAGCAGGGGUGGGGUCACGACCUAUUAUCUGGGUCACACAUUCAAUGGGAGGGCUGUUGGUCAAGGAAGUUUUAAGUCAGAGUAACCUACAUCCAGAUUGUUCAGACAUUGUUCACAACACAUCAGGAGUCAUCUUUUACAGCACCCCACACCGAGGCUCUGCCCUCGCUAACAUCUCAAACCGUGGGAGUCGUAUUUUCUCCCCCACAGUAGAAGUCCAGGAACUAAGUCAAGAUUCUCUAGCUCUGAGAACCUUACACAACAACUUUAAGCAGAUUGUGUCAGAAAACAGAAUCAAGUGUCUGAGUUUUGGUGAAACAGAGAAGCAGACUGUUGGAUACAAAAGGAUCAAACUUCUUAUUGUCCCACCUGAGUCUAGUGACCCUGGUAUUGGAGAGUUCCACCCUUUGUCAACCACUCACCUUAAUGUAUGCAAGCCAUGGGACCAGAAUUCUGAACUUUAUUUACUCACAGUCAAAUUCAUCAAACACUGUAUAAUGUUAGAUCCUGUAAAUCGUAUCUUAAAGACUGGAAAUGUUGUCCACAGUCGAAUAAGUGUGGACAGAUUCAACAAGUAUUCUACCAACAAGGACAUGGAGAAAAAGACUGAAUAUGAAAAGAGUGAUCCAGGAAAAGAAAUUGAAAGUAGAGAAAAAGAAGAACAAGUGAUUGAUGGAUUUAAGGAAGGGCAAUUAAAUGAUGAAGAGAUAGCUAGAAAUGAUAGUGAUCAUGGUGAUGAUGGAAAAAAGGAGAUUGAAGAGAGCCUAGCUGAAAUAGUCGAAGAGUCUGUCAAGGGAGAGUCUGAGAAUGGUGGACAGGAUGAAAAUGAGGCUAACAGUGAAAAUGAGGCUGACAAUGAAAGAGAAGAAAGUUUAAAAGAGGAAGAAGGAGCAAAUACUGAUAAUGUUAAAACAGGUGAGGAAACUGUGAUAAAAAGUGAGGAUAAAGAAAUUGAUCAUGUGCCUACAGGGGAAGACAACACAUCAAAGGAUUUUGAAGAUAGUGAAAAAGUGAAAAAUGAAAUGGAUAUGAAACCCAAAGAUUCCAGUCAAAUGGAAAAUGGGGACUCUAGUGUGACCUUGAGUAAAUCUGAGAUCACCCCGGGAGAUAUUGAGGACUCGGAUGUGAUUUCUAAUGGAUUUGAGGUCAUUCCAGAUGAGAGUGUCAACAUUCCUUUUACCCACUAUGUGGAUCAUAAAAAUCUCAUACGUUCAGGAAUAGCGGGCCAGACUGAGAGAAAUGAUGGUGAAAUGGAACUUACACAUCUUCUGAAGGGGUAUAAAAACAGUAAUAAGGAACUAAAAGACUUUCACAGGAAGAACAGCUGGGAUACCCACCACACCAUCCGAGGUCAACUCUGGGUCAGAGUCUGUGAAACUCUUCACAAAGCCAAAGGAAAUCUAUAUGAAGAUUAUGAAAAAGAUCUUUUCCACCAAAGAAACACAGAUGACAUAGCUUUACCUCCCUUUGUGGAUUUUAAUAACCUCACUUCCUAUCACCUGUCUGAACAGGGAACCAAAACUGUGGCCAAAAUCCUCGCUAUAAUCCAAAAUACCAAUCCAGAGAUUUUGUAUUGUCCUACACUGUAUGCCAAGCUGAGUAUUUUCCUCCAUUACAUGGGACCCUCUGAUGCUUUUAACUGUAUUUAUGCUUUACUGCGUUCCAAAGAUGCCUGCAUCAUGCAGACCAAAGUUGCUGUUGAGGCUUCCAAACUUGUACUCAGAGACCUUACCAAAAAAUAUGCGAAAUCAGCUUAUGUAUAUUUGGUCAGACAUAGCAGUGACAUUACAUCUGUGUUUGAUUCGUGGAUGUGGUGGCUUUUUUCUGAUCUACCCUUCCCACACAUUGUGAGAAUUCUGGACUGUUAUUUAGUGGAAGGAGUGAAAGUGCUGUACAGAAUUGUUCUAGCUAUACUCAUCUUAUUUACAAAAUACUCAGUUUCAGCUAAACAACACCACCAUGGGGUAAUUACAGAUACUUACACUGUUUCUGAAAGAAUUCGACAAUUUUGUACCAAUAUGCCAUUCCCUGUUGAGAAACUGCUAAAGAGGGGCUUCAGGAUCAGAGGCUUGAAGAAGAAAGAAAUUAAGAAGUUACAACUUCGUCAUGAGAUGACAGUUAGUAGCCAGCACCAUCUUCAGCAAGAGAUACAGAAGUCAGCGUCCACACAUUCCUUCAGUGGUGUCCCCCACUCUCAUUCCUUCAGUGGUCGUAUUGUAUUUGAUCAAGCUCAGUCCAGCAUUGUCACCAGUAGUGAGAUGACUCGCAGUAGGUCUAUGGGCCUGCUUACUUUUCCCCCUGUGGAAAGUCUGGUAGUUAUUUUGGAGGAUCUGUAUACAAUAUGGUCCUGGCUGCCAGCUCGGUGUGCUGUGUGUCAGCCUGAACUGUUAUACACUUCUGAGGAGCAUGGGACAAGUCUGAGGACCCUGUACACACGAAUCGAGAACCACCAACCCACUCUGAUCCUCAUAAAGACUACUACUGAUGAGGUGUUUGGAGCCUUUUGUUCAAUGUACUGGAGGGAGAGGAAGAAGAGCAAUAAGAAUGUGUAUUAUUUUGGUACGGGAGAGACCUUUGUGUUUACGCUAUACCCAGAGAAAAAGAAGUACGAAUGGGUGGGGCUUCAUGAGGAAAAUAUUCCCAGCACCGCCAACAUGUUCCUAGCGGGAGACAGCAAAAUCCUCACUGUGGGAGGAGGCAAUGGUGAAGCUAUUCAGUUGGACGAGAAUCUCCUUCACUGUCGGACAGAGCACUGUGAUACUUUUGAUAACCCCCCUCUGUGUUCUCAUGAGGAUUUCACCUGUAAAGUGGUGGAGGUGUACGGAUUUCAGUAAACAUAGAAGAUACAGGGUCAAAUCAAAGGGCAUUUUACAACUAAUAAUAUCGAGUUCAUACAUUCCUGAACAUCACAAGCUAUGAACUGAGCUUAAAUGUAAGCAAUACUACUGUGAACUUCUGUGGCUGAAUAAAUGAUAAGAUCUGUCUGUUAUUUUGUAUGUAAUUAAUCAUGACAUAAUUAUUAUGUGAAUGAUCUUUGGAUGUGUGAUAUAUUCUUUCAGUGAAUGAAAUUGUGGAAAUAUGCCAGUAUCAAAUGUUCUCUAAAUUUUUGCAAUUUUGAUUUUGAUAAAUUCAGGAAAAGAAAGAUAACUCUUUCAAAGCAAUGCAACUGUGUGUAUUUGAAAUGGAUUGCAUUUAUUACAAUGCAGUGUAUUGUAGUAAAUUGCAUUUCUUUAGAAAUGAAAGAUUAUUUUAUAACUUUUUUGGGGUGUACAUGUAUAUUAGUAUAUUUAUGGAAUUAUAAAAUAUAAGUUGGAAUUUGUAUAACAUUUUAUGUUCCUGUAGCAUAGUUCAAAUCAAAAAAAAAAAAAAAAUGAAAAAAGUGCAAUAUGAUAUAGUGGGCAUGAUUUUUGAACAUAACUAAAUUUGAAUACUGUGUAAUAUUCUUGUUCAGAAUAUAGUUCUAGAAACAGUAUUUUUUCCAUUACUGAUGGAUUCUGUCUCUUCUAUGCCAUAUAAAUACUCGACCUCUACUUUCCAGUAAGAGUCUCUGUUCAUGAUUUUUAGUGCUACCAAACAUUGUCAAAAUCUAAAACAUAAUUCAUUGUCAAAAUAUUGUACAACAUAAUUUGAAAAGAUUAGUUGCUGAUAUUAUAAUGAAGAAGUGCAACUCUCCAAAAGAUAACAAGAAAAAGCAUAUUUCAUUGUGAAAAGAAAAAUUGUAGUUUGUUAUAAAAAUAGCAGUAAUGUACUGAUGAUGUAUGUGUUUGUGUAUGCAUUACAAACAAAACUUGUGUAGAUUGACUUGUACCUAUGUUUUAUCUUUGUUACCUUAGUCUGUUGAACUUUGAUUUUACUGAAUAUAUUGAUGCCAUUGAUUGCACAUUAUGCAAGAAGCUGGAAACUAUAGACAAAACAAAAAGUGUUGGAAAUGUUAUGUAAUUAAUUGGCUAUACUUGUACAUGUAAUUACUUAUCUACAAUUGUGCUGACCUAUUGAUAAUUUCUAUUUUCUUGCUACAAAGGCUAAACAUUGAAAAUUUGUGUUUUAAGGAAGCUGUAAACACUACAUGCUGAAGAGUUCCAAUUCCAUUGCAGUUUUUAUCAGAGUGAUCUCCCCUUUGAUAUAAGACUCAGUACAUAACGUUAUUACAUCAAAAUUGAGUAACUGAAUACAUUAUUUGCAUGUAUUUCUCAAUAUAAGUAAACAGCAGUGAUUUCUAUUCACUAAUACUUCAUUGUCUGAAAACAUAAAGUUCACCCGUGGAAACAUGGCAGUUACCUUAUUUUGAAACUGAACCACUUUCACAAAAUCCACAGAACAUUUUUCAUUGGUGUUUAGAACUUUCUUAAAAGCUGCUUUUACUGAUCGAUAAAGCUAGAAAUGUUUGCUUUCUUGCUUACUGUAGAACGAUGCCAGUGAUGAGAAUUAGAUAUAUAUGUACAAAAUGAUUGUCCAAAAAAUUCUUUAUACCCAUAUUUAUCUCUACUGUCAUUAAUAAUUAUUCCUAGUUUAUUUCAUUGUGUUGUUUAUUGUGCAAAAAAUGGUAUGGAUGAAAAUUAAAUGGGAAAAACAAGGAA